GAAGUGUAUGCAUGCCUCCCUCCAGCCGUAGUUUGAAUAAUCCACCCAAAGCGUAGUCAGACGCAGUGGGACAGAUUCUGCAGGAAAAAGGAGGCUCACAACUUCAAGAGAUGGAAAGUUUGGUCUUUUUGUUUUCAUUUUCUGCCCUCGGUGUUCUUUAUGCCAUGAACACCAUUCCUGAGUUUCAAGAGCCAUAUGUGAUCCUGGAGAUUGGGGUUGCAGUUUUGGUGAUAGUGUUUUUGUUCUACUACCUCAUCACUCGUGGAAACCCUCCUAAGGACAUCCUCUUCUUUGUUUUUGCAGAAUUUUCGUUUACCUGUGUUAUUGACCUGAUAAGUGCUUUGGAAUAUGACGGCAUCGUUUCUGGCUUCAUGGAAUUCUACCAGAAAACAGGUGAACCCUACUUGGGGACAGCGUAUGGUAUCAUGAUGUGCUACUGGGAUGGUAUAGUGCACUUUAUCAUGUACCUGAUGAUGAUCAGCAGGAUAACUGACAGGAGAGCCUACCGUAACCUGGGCCUGUUCUGGGCUGGCUCGUUGUGUGCCAACAUGAGUGUGUUUAUUACUGGAAUAGUAGCAGGUAAUUAUGGGUCAGAGAUUCGUCCCGUCUUCUGGAUCAAUUUCCUAUUUCUUUUGAUGCCUGUGUGGGGAGCUGUUUCCUUCUUCACUCGACAAAAGGACAGACCACUGAUUGGUGGAUACAAUGCCCAACAUGCUCAGAGUUUGAAGCUAAUCUGGCGUCCCUUGGAUAUGAUCUUGGUGGUGCUCUUGUUCGGUGCCAUGGGCUUCACCACCAUCAGAGGUUUGGUGGCUCUGGACUCUCCACUCCAAGCCUGCUCUGUUUACUUGAACCAGUAUGAACCCUACCUGAAGGAUCCUGUGGGCUACCCCAGAGUCAUGAUGCUGCUCUUGUUCUUUUAUGGACUACCUCUACUGGGUGCAUUUGUCUACGGCCUGCUCCAACCUGGCUGCACCUGGAUGUCAGACUGGACGACAUUCUUCGCAGGAGUUGUGAUCCAGUGCCAGUGGUCCCAUAUUGGCGGGUCGCUCCACUCUCGCACCGCAGCUCCGUUUCAUAUCCCCAGUGAUGUUUUCUGGACAGUGUUGGCAGCUAACCUGCUCUAUGCAGCCAUCCCAGUUCUGGUAGCCCUGCGGGUUCACAGCAACCCUUAUUUCUUCUUAAAAAUUGCUCCCUUUCCUGGUCAGACUGGUUUGCCAAUCAGUGAGGAGAAAGAUACCAAGUACAAAGAUAAAUAAUUCCCACUCACUUGUGGAGUCUAGUCCUCUUGUAUUGGUUGAGAAAGAAGUGCAUGAUUAAAAUUGUCAUAUUUGAAAAUGUCAAAAUAAAGAAUUAUUUUGCUCAAAAA